AGCAUGCUGAACAGUGUGUCGGCUUCAACGGACGACCUGGAGAAGCUACCUGUACCUGAGGAGCCCAGAACUCUGUGUCAUUGCGGCUUCUCUAUAAACGAGAACGACCCCACUUCCUGCGGAAUUUGCGGAGGGUUUUUGGAGCCGCUGGAGAAGCUGACGAGCGAGAAAGCCCGGCUGUCCGCGGAACUGCUGGAUCUGAAGCGGAAAGUCCGGUUGAUGGAGCAACGGCAGGAUGCGUCCACGCAUGAGAUGGCGAUAUUGCGGGAUCGGUGCACCGAACUCGAAGAAAUCACUGCGGCGAAGGAGGCCGAGCUCAGUUCUGUCAGGGCAGAUUUGGAUCGGUUAGGACAGAGACUUGUGGAUGAGGUGGAAGUCAGAGCAGAACUGCAAUAUUCGAAAGAUGCGAUGAAAGAUGCGAUGCAGGAGGAGUUGGAAGAACUUACUCGAUCUUUGUUCGAGGAAGCGAAUUCACUGGUCGCUACUGAAGCAAGGCAUCGUUAUGAGCAUCAGCAAAAGGAGGCCGGUUUGCGGAUGCAAAUGGAGGAGAUGACAUUGCAAUUGCAGAUGGAAAGGGAUCAACUGAAGGAGCUUCGCGCCCGAAUGGAGACAAUUGAGGCUGAGCGAUCACUUCGAGGGUCGGCCAAUGACGUAGGAGGUUCCCUUCCGCGUUUGAACAUUCACGGCUCCGAUGACUCGAUGAACACCAAUUCCUCUUCCUCUCCGGCUCCCACAUACGAAGACGCGAUUGAUCCCGUUCUAUUCGCCGAGUUUGACGAGUUUGUGACCGCAAAGUCCGAUAUCAAGCUCGGCAAAAUGCAUACCCUACCUUUCAUGAAGAAUGCGUUGGAAGAUGAUGUCUCGCCCUGCUUGCGAUUUGGCGGUAAUCCGCGAACUUCAACGAGACGGCUCAUCGACGCUAUCAUUGCGAAUACAUGUUUCGUCGAAGAGAUUAGUCCGGCGCAGCAAGCAAAUAUGGAGGCGGCGCGGCAAGGGAGGCCAACAGAAGCAAGCCGUACAGCUUCACCGCGUGCCUCGAUAUCCCCAUCUCGCACCGCGAGCACUAACGCGCAGCAUAACCGGAGUGGAGGAGUGCUCACCGAAUACGAAAGCGUCACGCCCACAGCGAAAACCGCACAACCUUCAAAUAACGUCUUCAACCGGUCCGUGAUGGAGCGAUUGAGCAACGCUUUCGGUGGAGGCUCCAUGACCCUCAGUUCGUCUCACCAAUCCCUAUCCUCCUUGGCAAACUCCUGCUCCGCCUGUGGGAGCCGCGGCGGGCAGUCAACAUCUACCCGCUUCCAAUUCAAAACGUCAGACUCCCCGGAGGAGGGCUGGAACCCGAUAUGUCAGCAGUGCCGAGACCGACUCGUCGCCGUGUGCGAGUUUUACAACUUUGCCAGGCACGUUAGACAAGGGCUGUACUCCACACGGCGCCGGGAAGACCUGUACAUGGAGGUCCUUAGCUACAAACGACGGAUGUUUUACGCCCGGAUUGGGUGCGCCAGGUUCGCCGAAACCGACCGGACGUUUAGUUCGCGCCGACCGCGGCCCAACAGUUCAGUCAUCUCUCCCAUCACCGGCUCAAUCGCGAUGCUUGAGGAGCCACCAGCGCUUCCACCGUCU